AUGAGCGACAAGGACAUCGAGCCCUGCGGAAUCUGGAGCAGCGACUUCACAUGGGAUGGCUACUUCAUGCGAAUGCACAUGAAGACCUUCACCCAGAAGUACGACAUGUACAGUCCCCGUACCUGGCCCUUAGUGCGUCAGGUCGUUGCAACAGAGAACAGCGUCGACUACAGGAAGAGCAAGGUCCCUCCCGAGUAUCUGCGGACUGUCAAUCGUCGGAAGAAUCGGAAUAUGAAGAACCUCUUUCGCUACUAUCCGCUCAACUACGACCGCAACGGCGAGCUGAGGGCGCAUCCGCACAUGCCGCCAGACGAACUCGAGGAAUGGUUGAGCCAGGUGAGUCGUGGUGUACGGGCUACGACUGUAGAGGUGGAUACCAAGGACGUCGUACAUGACAGCCAUGCCACAGAAGUGCUACCAGAGGAUAGCUGUCCAGACGCCUGCCCGGAUGUAGCCUACGAAGAGAUCAUGAAGGUACUUGCCGACUCGGAUCCCACCUCUGUUGCUACAGUCGCCAAGUUGGAAGAAGAGCUCAGCUGCACUCAGAAGAAGCUUGGAGAAGUAGAGAAGAACUCUCUUACAAGAUAUAACAGCUUAUUUAAAAUCGCGAAGAGCCGACAUGAAAACGCGCUGAUGUACCGAGCACACGCAGAAAACAUACUCAAGGAGAAAACUCGCGCUGAAGAGGCUUUGUUAGACGAAACUGCUAGAGUCACGAAGUUAGAAAACGAACUGAAAUCUUCGAAGGUCUCGAAGAUUAAGCUUCAGAGUAUGUUUGACGACCUAGAAAACACAUAUGUGCAGAGUCUACAAGACGUAAGAUCGGUAGUCGCGACCAAGGUUGAGGAGAUCAAAGGUCUUGAUGCCGAGGUGAAGAAGCUUACGGCUGAUCUUGCGGUCGCGAACCAGGGAAUCGCGGCAGGGAAACAACGGAUUGUUAAGAUUUUGAAGGAGAUGAAGAAGGCUCAAGAACCAUCCUCGCAAAAGAACAAGGCCACGGAAGAUAUAUUAGAGGUGCAGCGGAAGAAGUUGAAGUCGGAGGCGUGAGAGCUGCUUUGGCAACAUGUGGGCUUUAUAUGCGUUCCGGAGAAACAGAUUAGGCGAAAGCAAGAGUUUGGGGUAUGGUACUGAAGCGACAGGGUCGUCAAAGAUACGGCCGUGUCGUAUGUGGUUGGCUUACAAUUGGUUCCUUUGCAGUCCUUCUUCGCCAUGUCUACCUGGCCCAUGAGCCUGCCGAUAGCGUGGCAACUGUCACGCCCAUAUCUCUAUUCCCAUGCUCUUAUCAGCGAUUGAUUAUGUUAACUUGCGUUCAAUACAAGAAAUAUUCCAAGGCUCGAUGGCGACCAGUGGUGAAGAUGGCUCGAGGUGAAGGUGAACGAGGAGCGCUCACCCUCUCACCGCGAAUCUUCUAGACUGACCGAAAAGGCGGGAGUUUGGUCACGACGAGCGACCCCUACAGCUAGCAAAAUCUCUUCUGCCUCU